AUAUCAUUGUAGCUCGAGAUGCUGGUGCCGCCGGAUAUGAUGGCCGCCCAGACGCGCAUGAUUUACCAGCUGAAUCGCUUCUGCGCCGAGCGCGUCCAAGCGCGCAUCUUCAAGACGGCGACGGCCAUUCGUGAGAUCUGCAAGAUUGUCCAGGACAUACUCAAGGAGGUGGAGCUGCAGGAGCCCCGCUUCAUAUCCAGCCUGGUCGAGUGCAACGGCAGAUUCGAGGGCGUCGAGGUGAUCUCACCGAAUGAGUUCGAGAUCGUGCUCUACCUCAACCAGAUGGGCGUCUUCAACUUCGUGGACGACGGCACUCUGCCCGGCUGUGCGGUGCUGAAGCUGAGCGACGGGCGCAAACGCUCCAUGUCGCUGUGGGUGGAGUUCAUCACAGCGUCCGGCUAUCUGUCGUCGCGGAAGAUACGCGCACGCUUCCAGACGCUGGUGGCGCAGGCGUGCGAUAAGAGCAUCUACCGGGACAUGGUCAAGAUGAUGGGCGAUACGACAGAGGUGAAGCUGCGCAUCCGGGAACGGUUCGUGGUGCAAAUAACGCCGGCUUUCAAGUGCUCCGGCAUCUGGCCGAGAUCGGCGGCCCAUUGGCCCAUGCCGCACAUACCCUGGCCGCAUCCCAACAUCGUGGCCGAAGUGAAGACGGAGGGGUUCGAUCUGCUCUCCAAGGAGAGCAUCGUCAUGCAGAACAAGAACAACAACAAUGCGGCUAGCAUGGAGGGCGAUGCCUGGGUGCUCAGCUUCUUCGAGGCCGAGAAUCGCCUGCUGCAAGGUGGCUGCCGUCGUCGCUGCUUGAGCAUACUGAAGACGCUGCGAGACCGGCACUUGGAGCUACCCGGCAAUCCGAUCAGCGCAUAUCAUCUGAAGAAUCUGCUGCUCUACGAGUGCGAGAAGCAUCCGCGUGACUUUGAGUGGGACGAGGGCUGCAUUGCGGACCGUUUGAAUGGGAUCUUCCUGCAGCUAAUCUCCUGCCUGCAGUACCGUCGCUGUCCGCACUACUUUCUGCCCAGCCUCGAUAUGUUCAAGGGCAAAUCCCCCAGCGCUCUGGAGCAGGCCGCCAAGCAGGUCUGGCGUUUGACUCGUGAGAUGCUCACCAAUGCGAAUGCCUUUGAGAAGUUGUAAGCGCAAAAGUAAGAGAGAGAGAGAGAGAGAGAGAGAGAGAGAGAACGUGUAAUUUUGUGUAUGUGUGUGAUUGUAAAUGUGUAUGUGUGUGUAUAAUUCAAGGUGCUAAAUUUUCAUUGUCACAGCGCAGCGAUUGCGCUGAUCUGAUAAGCGAAAUGCCAUCACUGGCAGCCAUUUUGUGCCAUGCGUGUGCCCCCUUGUGUGUGUAUAUGUGUGUGUGAAAAUGUGCGCAUAGCUGCAAAAACAACAACAAUAGCAGGCGGCGAAACCCGAAGUGUUAAUGCAAAGAUGCGAGAUAAGCCGCACAUUGCCCACUCCUCAAUCCAAAUUCGCUGCCUCUGCCGCUGCCGCUGCUGC